CGUCCUGGCAUCCUUCCUGAGGCUGCUUGUGGUGGCAGUGAGUCUAUGCGCGGAGGGAGCCAUGUUGUUGCCUGGUUUUGGGUCAACCACUGCACUUCGGAUGGUUAAAGGACUGCGCCUGGAGGAGCGGCGGUGAUUCCCGCAUCGCAAUGAGCAGAAAGGAGAGGGUACAGGGAGCGUCGUCAGCGGACAGUCACUCUUAGGUCAAAGGAGAGCCGCACACAGUUGAUCCAUAGCCAGUCAAGUUGAUGCUAGGUAGCUUGAUAGCUCGGUGGCAACAGCUGUGCGGACGCUGCGUGGGAUGCGGCGUGUGGACUGAAACGAUAAACCCUCUGUUAGUUUUAUUUUAUUUUAUUUAUUAUUAAUUCACAGACUUGAAGAUUUGCUCGCCGCUGAAUUUACGUUCGCCGGUUUAUAAUGCCCUUAUGAAGCUAGCCAGCUAGCUAGCUGUUAGCUAAUGUUAGCAUGCUGACAGACAACUCGCGUCGUCAGUCACGACUAAUAUUUUGUAGCUGAGUGGACCCUCGCUUAUCAUUGCUUGCGUGUCACUUGUGGAGACGCGUGUUACUUGACAACGGUCCCUGAAAAACUCAAAAGUGAGAUAAUGGCGGUACUUCCAGUUUGUGGAAAGCUACGGAUUUGCCUGCCUAGCUUGCCAAGGAGCGGCUAAAGGGCCAGCAGCAUAACUUUGUCCUCACGGCGUCAGCCAGCAGCCGCAGAGCCCUCGCUAGCCGACGUCUUGUACCUGCAUCAAGCUGGCGGCCCUCCGAGUUGAAGCGGAAGACAAGGAGCUGGGGCCGAUGGCCUGGGUGCUGAAGAUGGACGACGCCACCAUCGAGUCGGGGCUGGUGCACGACUUCGAUGCCAGCCUGACCGGUAUCGGACAGGAGCUGGGGGCUGGAGCAUAUAGCAUGAGUGAUGUGCUGGCUCUGCCAAUCUUUAAGCAGGAGGACUCCAGCCUUCCCACUGAAACUGAGACCAAAAAUCCCCCAUUCCAGUAUGUGCUGUGCACCGCCACCUCACCUGCUGUCAAGCUGCAUGACGAAACGCUCACAUACUUAAACCAAGGCCAGUCUUAUGAGGUGCGUAUGUUGGACAACAGGAAGGCAGAUGAGUUACCAGAGCUCAAUAACAAGAUGGUGAAGAGCACAAUUAGAGUGGUGUUUCAUGACCGACGGCUGCAGUACACAGAGCACCAGCAGCUGGAGGGCUGGAAGUGGAAUCGUCCUGGUGACCGUCUCCUUGACAUCGAUAUCCCCAUGUCAGUGGGCAUUGUGGAACCGAAGACGCAUCCCUCGCAGCUGAAUGCAGCAGAGUUCCUGUGGGACUUGAACAAAAGGGCUUCUGUUUUUGUUCAGGUGCACUGCAUCAGCACAGAGUUCACUCCCAGGAAACACGGGGGGGAGAAGGGCGUCCCCUUCAGGAUCCAGAUCGACACGUUCGCCCAGGGAGACAAUGGAGAGUACACUGAGCAUCUCCAUUCUGCCUCUUGCCAAAUAAAAGUCUUUAAGCCAAAGGGAGCGGACCGUAAGCAAAAGACGGACCGGGAGAAGAUGGAGAAACGCACAGCUCAAGAGAAGGAAAAGUACCAGCCAUCUUACGAUACCACUAUACUGUCAGAGACGAGGCUUGAACCCAUCAUAGAGGAUGCAGGUGAACACGAGCUGAAAAAGUCCAGCAAGCGAACUCUUCCCGCUGACUGUGGCGACUCCCUGGCCAAGAGAGGCAGUUGCUCUCCAUGGCCAGACAACGCCUAUGUCAGCACCAACCAGGCAGCUACCCCCUCCUUCACUACCACUCCUCUGUCUACCUACACAACCUCCUCAGUCCCCGACAGUGACUCGUCCUCUCCUAAUCACCAGGCAGACCCUGGCAGCCAUGGCAACUCAGAGUCUGUGUCUAUGCUGUUUCUGCAGCAGCUGAGUCCCACUGCGUCCAUACAGGACACACAGAAGUGGCUGUUGAAAAAUCGCUUCAACUCCUACACACGGCUCUUCUCUCACUUCUCAGGUUCUGAUUUGUUGAAGCUAACGCGGGACGACCUGGUUCAGAUUUGUGGGACAGCAGAUGGGAUUAGACUCUUCAAUGCACUUAAAUCCAGGUCUGUUUCUCCCAGGUUGACUGUGUAUGUCUGCCAGGAGUCUCCUCAGGAGAGCCCCCUGCUGGAGACGCAUGGUACCAAUGAAAAUGGAGAGCACAGCAUCUCCUCUAGUUUACACGUGUACCAUGCUCUGUACCUAGAGGAGCUGACGGCUGCAGAAUUGAUCCGCAAGAUGGCGUGCGUGUGCAGCCUUCCACUAGGAAAUAUCAACCAGGUGUACAGGCAGGGUCCAACGGGCAUACACAUCCUGCUAAGUGACCAGAUGGUUUACAACUUGCCUGAUGAGAGCUCCUUUUUGAUCGGCACCAUUAAAGAUGAACUAGGUGAAGGACUCCAUCUAAUCCUGAAGUAGUGUUGAUGACAGAUGGCAUCAUGAAUACACCACCCUCCGUUUUGGAGCAGAAACCUGUCUCUGCUCUUUCCUUCUACUUCCUCCUUUUCUCUCUUAAUCGAUCACUUCAUGGAAAGCAGAAAGACUGACUUAAAGCCAUGUAAAUGUUAGAAUCUGACAUGGGUGUGUCCACUGUUUCAUAUUGAAAACACUAUUAAUGGAGGAGUCAAACGAGGAGAGACUAGGGGGAAUUUGGGGUUUGGGGGAAGAGUUAGCGGUGUUUCUAUGUAUUUUGAUUUUGUUUUAUUUGUUGUUUUAUAUGUUGGAAAAAGAAGGUUGGGGGGCUCUAAGAGAGAGGGGGGAGAAUAAUCUGUAUGGCAGCAGAAGGAAAGAAAGCAGAGUUUCCUAAUUGCUUGUUGCCCUUCCUACAAAAUGCGCACAACCAGCACAAGGCCAGUAUUUGAUAACCUGUGCUGCUGAACAGCAUGCAAUCUCAACAUAGUAACUUGCUUAAAGGAGAACCCCAGCUUCCUCUGGUUCUUCAACAUUCUGUCUGGGUUGUCUUCUCAAACCAGAUAUUGAUCACUUGAGCUUGGUGACCCCUAAAGUAUCCAGUCUGAAAUUAUGGAAGAUGUGGUCAACAUUAAUUUUUUUUUUUUUUGGCUUUGUCACAUGGACUGGUUUCAAUGACUCUUGCCAAAUUGUCACCCUGUGUGAGUUGAGACUUGCAGACAUAUCUCUCUGUCAGUUGACAUGAUGUUACACUCGGCUAAACACUCUUAUUGUACGGUCUACUUGUUCAGUGCUUUUACUGUUUUUAGUUGUUUAAUUUAUGGAUAAGCUGUUUCUACUGCUCUCAUCAACUUAUUUCUGGUGCCAUAUCAACUUUGUUUUAAGCUCAAUCUUUUACACUCAUUCACGCGCGCGCACACACACACACCUCUGUGACUCCUCUGCUUUCUGUGCUGACUUUGAAACACUAGUUAAGAGUGGAGUGGGGUUUAUGCCUUCAAGGCUUCUGGCCGUAAAUGCGCAGAAGAAGAUGAGCAAACAAAAGAUAAAAGGCUGAUGUGCAGAGUAGGAACACCAAUCCAAUAGCCUGCUAUAAUGUGGACCAAAUGCGUUUCAAAAUUGAUAGGUUUUUGUUUUUUUAUAAGCUCUGUACAUUUAAUCAUUAGUAGCAAUUAAGAAAUUGAUCAAAAGGGUAAAUAAAACCCCUCAUCUGUUAUAACUGCUUGUGUGCAUGUACAGGGUAACAAACCUUCCAUUCCUGCAUCUGCUCUGCAAGUAACAACCAGUCACGCUGCAGACUGGUGAAAGUGCAUCAGUGCUGUAGCCUGGUUUCAAUAGUCUUAUCCUGUAGACCAGAGAUUUACGGCAGCUCCAUGUCCAUCCUCAAAAUCUUGUGUUUUUAAUGUAGCUAAACACGGGAAGUGCAGGUGAAAUGUUUUGAGAAGUGCAAGGAAACUUGACAGGUCAGGGAGUAGCAGGGUGGCACCGGUGGCUUAUUUGACCCUCUUACUUUUGGUGCAGCACGAUGUCUGGCAGUGGUGAAGUGCAUACAGAUUGCACACCUCUAAGCAUCAAGGUAUAUGUGUGUGCAUAUCAUUUUUGUUCUUACAUGGAAAACUUGAUUGUUAGUAGUUGUCACAAACAUUUUUUUUUCUUGUUGGUAUAAUGAAACUGUGUUUAGCUUGCUGUUUAGUAAAGCAUGUGGAUGACAGGGAGGGGAGGGAGGAAUAGCUUGGUAUCAAAGAUUUUGGAGACCAAGCCUGCACUGAAAUUUCAAAAUUAAAGCUUGAUGUGUAGUCAUUAGUCCUAAAGCCACACCCUCUUUUUAUCCACCUAAUGAAAAUGGAACAAAAAGUGUCCAAAAAGUUUUUGUCUCGCCACACACUAGAGCCCAACACUCCUGUGGUGUUUACCAGGACACAAAUACCACAACACAGAAUACUGUCCAUUGACUAAAAAAUAAGAACGAUGUGGAUGAGAUCCCCCCCCCCUUGGCCUGAUCAAUUGUGUGUGUCUGAGUGUGUGAAAGAAUGAGCAGGAGAAGUAACCACUGUUAUGUACAGUCUAAUGUCAGUGAAGAUGCUUCAUGUGUGCACAAUAUUGUAUGCUGGAGGUGUACACAACCACAUGCUGGGAAUAAAUGAUUUCAUAACUUUC